CCUCCUGGAGCCAUUUCCACUGGCCAAAAUAGCACAAGAAAGAAACCUGAAAUCACCCCUUCUCCCUUGCCAAGUUUGGAGCCAUGUAGAAGGAAGAGAAAUUGAGAGGUUUUUAAAGGUGCCGCGUGUCGUGCCAGCGCCACCCCCACCCCCACGAGACGGCAAAAUGAGGAGGCUGCACACAUGGUUAUGACACCAUGAAGAGCUACCAUGGGGAGCGCAGCCAGUCACGGGAACUUCCUUGCCACUGCAUCCCAGAGGCCUGUGAUCAGCCAAUGGAAUACAUCCACCAUAACCAGGAAUCACGCCAGCCAUACCUUCUCAGUCCCAGUGAGCCGUGUUCCUUGGACCACUAUUGCCCAUCCCGGAGCUCCGGUGAGCCCCCGCUCAGCCUAACGGAACCCCUGUCGGCCGCCAGCAGCAGCAGCACCUUCCCGAGGAUGCACCACACACCACAGCAGUACGACUCCUGCGACGAGUGCAUGGCAGCCGCCCACCCUUCUGGCAAGAUCAACCGGCUGCCCCCAACACUCCUCGAUCAGUUCGAGAAGCAGCUGCCCCUCCACCACGACGGCUUCCACACCCUGCAGUACCAGCGUGCCAGCAGCACAGAGCAGCCACGCAGCGAGAGCCCCAGCCGCAUCCGGCACCUCGUCCACUCGGUCCAGAAACUCUUUGCCAAGUCACAUUCCUUGGAAGCACCGUCCAAACGGGAAUACAACGGCACCAAGAUGGAAGGCCGAGGAAGCGACGGGACGUACCACCACCACCACCCACACCACCACCAUCGCCAGUCGCGCCACGGCAAGCGCAGCAAAAGCAAAGACCGCAAGCUGGAUUCCUCCUCCUCUUCCCGCCACCGGAACAAAAUGCUGGGUUGGUGGAGCUCAGAUGACAACUUGGACAGUGAUAGCAGUUACAUGGUGUCUGGGAGGCAACACGCGGUUGACCAGGCUACCCAGUUCUGUGUGGAUGCUCCGGAAAGUGCCUUCAGAGACUUGACCAUAAAGAGUCUGAAGAGUAGUGGUGGGGAGGGGAAAUGCUUGGCCUGUGCGGGUAUGUCCAUGUCCCUGGAUGGCCAGACUCUCAAGAGGAGCUCCUGGCACACCAUGACAGUCAGCCAGGCGCGGGAAGCCUAUCCCAGCUCUGGAGGAGGCCAGGAGAAAGCGUUGAUGCUCCAGGAGGCAAAGGCCAAGGACCGGUCCUACCAUUAUCUUCAGGUGCCACAAGAUGACUGGGGAGGAUACCCAUCAGGGAAGGACGGUGAGAUCCCCUGUCGACGGAUGCGGAGUGGUAGUUACAUCAAGGCCAUGGGAGAUGAUGACAGCGGAGACUCAGACACCAGCACCAAGGUGUCGCCCAAGGGGGCAACCCGGCGAGAUGGGUACCGCCGUUCCUCCAGCGUAGACCAGGCCAGAACCAAGUUUGCAAGUAGGCACUAUUCUGACUCAUAUAUCUGUAACUGUCCCAGCUGCUGCACGUCUCCCCGAAUCCGGCCACGGGGACAGGGGUACGGACGGUCCUUCACCACUGGGCAGAUUAAUGAAGAGCUGAACCACCAGUUUGAGGCUGUAUGUGAGUCAGUUUUCGGCGAGGUGGAAUCACAGGCCGUGGAGGCCUUGGAUCUGCCCGGUUGUUUCCGCAUGCGUAGCCACAGUUACCUGAGGGCCAUUCAAGCUGGCUGUUCUCAGGAUGAUGAUUGCCUAUCUCUCUUCACCAUGGCAACGACUACCCACCAGCCUGGCCAACCCCUCACCAGCAGCAUCCUCAAGCCAAGCACCUCCUUCAGUUACAGGAAAGCUCCACCUCCGCUCCCCGCAGGAAUCAAAGCCAAGCCCCUCAUCUCUGUCACAACACAAAGCAGCACCGAGUCCCCUCAUAACAGCUUCCUGCCCAGAGAGGUCGCCAGAAGUCCUUCGUGGUCCAAAGAGACCUCCAAGCGCUGCAAUUCUACCGACAGUUUGGAAAGCACUAAGAUCACCGCCAUGUCCUUAGACUUGCCUUCCAUCCAGCCCAGGACUGCCCCUAAGCCCUCCACUCUCAUCAUAAGAACAAUUCCAGGGAGGGAGGAGCUGAGAAGUUUGGCACGGCAGAGGAAAUGGCGGCCGUCCAUCGGAGUUCAGGUGGAAACCAUCUCUGACUCUGACACAGAAAGUAGGAACCGCCGGGAGUUCCAUUCCAUCGGAGUACAAGUGGAAGAAGAUAAAAGGCGAGCUCGAUUCAAACGAUCCAACAGCGUGACAGCCGGUGUGCAGGCUGACUUGGAACUUGAGGGCCUGGCUGGGCUGGCAGUAGCCACGGAGGAUAAGGCCCUUCAGUUUGGUCGCUCCUUCCAGCGACAUUCUUCUGAGCCUGAGUCCACCCGACAGUACUCUGUAUACAAAACGGUACAUACUCAGGGCCAGUGGGCCUACCGGGAAGACUACCAGAUGCAGUAUGACACCGUGGAAGUGCCACGUCAGAACUCUUGGAUGGACAGAGGUUCACGCAGCUUGCCCGAUUCUGGCCGAGCGUCACCUUGCCACCGGGAUGGCGAGUGGUUCAUUAAGCUCUUGCAGGCAGAGGUGGAGAAGAUGGAAGACUGGUGCCAGCAGAUGGAACUGGAGGCUGAAGAUUAUGAUCUGCCAGAAGAGUUCCUUGAGAAGAUCCGUAGUGCAGUGGGAAGUGCUCAGCUCUUGAUGUCUCAGAAAGUGCAGCAGUUUUACCGACUCUGCCAGCAGAACAUGGACCCCAACGCAUUCCCCAUGCCCACCUUCCAAGACCUGGCUGGAUUCUGGGAUCUCCUGCAGCUCUCCAUUGAGGAUGUCAGCAUGAAGUUUGCAGAACUUCACCAGCUCAAAGCCAACGGGUGGAAACCUCUCGAGCCCAAGGAGGAAAAGAAGGUGCCUCCACCGAUACCAAAGAAGCCGCCACGUUCCCGGCUGCAUCCGGUGAAGGACCGUUCCCUGGACUCCGUUGACCGGCAACGGCAGGAGGCCCGCAAGAGGCUCCUGGCAGCCAAGCGAGCUGCCUCUUUCCGCCAGAGCUCUGCCACCGAGAGUGCUGACAGCAUUGAGAUCUACAUCCCGGAGGCCCAAACCAGACUGUGAGGGCGGGGGGAGGGGCAGCUUUUCUAACCAACCUGUCCAUGCAGAACGCACAGCACACUGUGAUCUGCGGGGUGUGCCCCACUAUCUCUCUGGGAGGGCAACACGUGGCCCCAUCAUGGUCUCUAAACUUUUUUUUAACUCCUGUAAUCCUUGGACCUGACACCCGAGAGGCAGGAAUCAGGGUUCUGGCCCCUUCAUUCAUCACUCUAAUUAAGACUUAGUGGUGACCAGACUUUACCAAUCACUUUUCUCUGGUCUACCCGUUCACUUCGUCGUUCUCCUUAUUACAGCCUUGGCUCCUUGACGGGCUUUCUUCCCCAUCCCCCUUUGAUCCGCCCUCUUGACAUGAGCUAUUCUCACUGUCCUGCAGGUUCGGGGCCUCCAUCAACAACCCUGUCACUCCGCAUCCCACGGGUUCUAGGCCCAUCAAUAUUUAUAUAUAAAUAUAUCUAUAUAUAUAUAUAUGUACUUCUAUAAAUAUAACUGAAAGGGCAGAGACUGCCCAAGACCACAGCUGUGUUUCUGAUGGCGAGAGCCUUCUCGUCUCCUCAGGAGACCCCGACCCCUCCCACGUCAGCAGUCCUAUUCCUCAUGCCACACGCACAAAACAUACAAAGUUCACUUGCAUACACAUCCAAACUCCUCUUGGAUCAUGCAUAGAGUGGAAGGACAGCUGCCAUGUCCAAAAGCCCCAGAGUACUGGUAAAAGGGCUUAUAGGUGAACAAGUAUGGCUGGUUCUUACAUAAUGAAGUCAUUGUCAACUUUUGAGAGAGGUGGGUUUUGGCUUGUCAGAUUGGUUUUCAUGUGGAGCAGCGCAUACAACUUCCUGAGUCUUGGAGAGGGAAUGGUCCUGUUGACAAAGUCUAAAGCAAUGUUGGCCUUUUGAGUCGAGACAAUGAUGGUACGCCUCAAAGGACCAAUGGGCUUAUUAAAUAGCAGCAGCAGGAACACAUUUCCCAAGACUGAAGAAGUCAUAAUUCUUCUCCGCACUGACUUGGAGUCAUGUGCUCCGUUCUGGGUUCCAGAGUUCAAGAAGGAUGGUGAAAAUCAAAUAGUGAUUCCGACGAGAGGUGCAAGGAUGGAAGAGUAUCUUCUGGAAGACAGAGUGUCCCCCCAAAAAGGCUAAAGGAACCUCGUACAUUCAGCCUAGAUCAAUGGCUUUCUACCACCAGGGAAUGUGCCACAUUGUUGUCCACGAUGGAACUCCUGCACAUUGUAAGGAAUUCUAAGGAAAGCCAUAAGGUAUAUCUAAAUGCAGAUCAUCAGCCAAUCCAGUUGGGCCUCCCCACUGUCCAGUGUGAACUGACACCAUAUCCUGGAACAUAUCUAAGAUCCCCUUAUUAUUUCACACUGCAAAAGGAAAUGGUUCACAGUGGGCAAGCUGUCUGCUAUUAGUGAUCUUCUCAUCAAGGAACUCCAGGGGUCUCUGAAAGCCACUGGUGCUGACAAAAGAGGAUGAAGAGAACCAACUUUUUUCAGAUAUUUUAAAAAGUGUGUGAAGAGGAAAGAUGUAGUUGUUCACUGCUGAGGACAGGAAUGAGAGGAACUAACAGCAAGAACAAGUUGCAGAGGAAGAUUAAAGAACCUCAUUUUUUGGAGCUUUUCAAGAAAAGAAGUGGCCAACUGAUGUAUUUCUCAUAUCAUGGGGCUGAUACUUAUAAGAUGAUCAGGAUUGAUGCUUCCUGGUGGUUCCAUUCCACACUACUCCAGUAAUGUUGGAAUGUAGAAACCACAUGGGGAAAUUGCAGGAGCCAAAUCAGAUGAGAUGUCAUAGGCAUGGAGCUCUCCAAUCAGCAUACUUUUGUGAGGUUAUCCCAUAUCAUGCAACCCAGGAGAUAAUUUGACUGAGCUGCUGUGGGUUGCUCAAGGCAAUCCAGUGAGUUUUAUGGUUAAGCAAGAAUUUGAACCCAGGUCUCCCUGACCCCAGUAUAAGAAUUAGUUCACGUUAAGGGUUGUGCUAGGCAACAAACUGGAUGCCUUCCAACUCUGUGGAUGGUGCAAGAAUGCUACACAAUGUGGUAUGUUUGAUAUAUAACAAGAUUUUGAUAGCUACACCGCUUUCCGAAACUUUCCCAAAGAAGUUUGGAGAAGAAAGUGGCAGGUUGAGAAAUCAAUUGAGGUGGCCAUUUUUUAGCCUAGUGCACUAUGGCAAAAUAUAUUGAGAGAAGAAAAAAACCCUCAUGUUGAUUUCACAAUGUAAAUGGAGGGUCUCAUGAAAGCACAUUUUCCUUCCUAACAACUGCAACCUUUUUUGUGAUACUCUCUUGAAAUGGCUGGGAAAUAGAGGGGAUCUGAGAAGACCUCUUGGUCUGGUUCCAUUUUGAAAUGACCUUGGGUUUCUUGUAUUACAUAACGAAUAGAACAGAAGAGGCCUGUCAGAGGGGAUUCUCCACCAAAAGUCAUCCACUUUGGUGGCUCAAAAUGCCUACGUUGCAUUAGCAGGGUGUCAUGUAGUCAGUACAACAAAGGCUUGGAUCUUGCAGAUCCAUCUUCAUGAGGGAAUGGCUCUUUCCACUGGAAGAAAGCACCACCAUUGGUAGAAUGGAUCCACAAGAUUCUACUUGAGGUAGGGUUGGAAAUAAGAAGUGGAAAACACAGAUCAGGCUGGAAACAGUACGUUUCUUCUCCAGCUCCUUUAAAGGCCAAAGCCAAAUCAAAUCACAUUAGCAAAGUGUGACUUCCCUACCAUACAUUUCCCAGUAUCCUUCUACUCUGCCACCAAGCUAGAAGUCAGCUUUGUUCUGAGGAGUAUGCAGGAUAACUUGCAUAGGGCCAGUGCAUUGGCUCAGUGGUGCUGUGCAUGUUUUUUUUAAGUUCAAUCCAUUCUAAAAUCUAAGGUAGCCCAGGAUACUAUUGAAUUCCUUAGCUAUUUUGACAAAACAAACUUCUGUUUCAAUUUUGUUUCUUUCUUGCGUGAAUUGGGCCUACGAGUCAUUCCCCCUCCAUUUUCUGUUUCCAUGCCUCAAAUAUUUCCUGUUAAAACAUUUUUUCCACA